GCCGCGUCGCGGGAGCAGGCGACAGUGCUGGCACCGUUCGUGCCGACGGGAGUGGACCAACUACCGCUGGCGAUGGGGGCCGUAGUGACUGUGCUGAAGAAAAGUCCGAACGGGUGGUGGCAGGGGGAGAUACCGGUGACGGAACAGGUCCUAGCACUGUUCGAUUACACGGCGCAAAACUCAGACGAGCUUUCCUUUUCUCAGGGGUCCGUCAUCAACGUCGUCAACAAGCAGGACCCUGAUUGGUGGAUGGGUGAGGUGAACGGCAACCAGGGCCUCUUCCCGUCCAAUUACGUGCAAUCGCUGAACGACGCUCAGGUUCAAGGUCGUGGCACGUCCCCCGUGCCCGCGCAGUACACGCGCGUCACUAACCUCAAGAAAGAUGCCGCCACCGGCGGCGGCGGCCCCAAGUCGUUCCGCUCCUCCCUCGACAAUCUCCUCGACGACUUCUGGGGCUCACCAGGGGGCGCCGGCGUCACUCGCGCUCAGCCCGAGCGCAGCAAGAGCGCAGACGUGUGGGCGACGGACUUCGGCACAAAGAAGGCGGGCGGUGGCGCCGCCUGGCGGCCGGCCCUUCGGUGGCGGUGA